AUGGAUUUCGAAAAGCUCAAGAAAAACCGAACUGUUAUUAGAGCAGCAGUCACGAAAAUAACGAAUGCUAUUGAAGGUUUAAUUAAAGAAGAUCAAAUAGAUAUAGAGGCCCUAGAAGAGCUAUUGAAUCAAUUGCAUAUUAAAGCAGAACUUUUAAAGAAAUUUGAUGAAGAUAUCGAACCGUUGUUAGAAUUAGAAGAAUACGAAAAAGAACUGAUAUCAGCAUAUGAAUACGCUGAAAAAGUUUCGAACACAAUAUUUCGCGCUCAAAGAAAAUUAAAGGAAAUUAAAUCCUCUAAUAAUAGCCAAGCGAACAUAAGUUCGAACAUAAGCGAGAAAUUAAUAUACGAAACAAAACACGUGAAGCUUCCAAAAUUAAACAUUCAAAAGUUUUACGGUGAUUGCACUCAAUUUUAUUCCUUUUACAACACUUUCAAAGUCUCGAUUCAUGAAAAUGAAACGCUUUCAAAAACUGAGAAAUUUAACUAUCUAAAAAGUUAUUUAGGUGGCCCUGCAGCUAAUGCAAUUGCGGGUUUUGAAAUUUCAGAUGAAAAUUACGACUCUGCGCUUCAAAUAUUAAAAGAACGAUUCGGACAAAAAGACGUCAUAAUUAACAGCCAUAUGAACAAAUUGCUUAACUUAUCUCCUGUUUACAAAAUUACCGACAUUCCAAAGCUAAAACAGAUUCACAAUGAAAUAGAAGUUAACGUUCGGUGCCUUUCCGCUUUAGGAUUGGAGUCAAAUUCCUAUUCUGCAAUGCUGUUAGCAGUAGUAUUGAAAAUAAUCCCCCAUGAAUUGGCAUUGGAAUAUAAUCGACAGAAUAAGAAAACCUCUUGCGUUCCAGACAUAAAUCAAUUCUUGAAUUUCUUGCAAACAGAAAUUUUAACAAGAGAACGAACUUAUUCGUGUAGGUCGAAGCCAUUUGAAUCAAACAGUAAGAAUAAAAAUUCAACUUUGUCUAAUAGACAAGAUAGCGCUUGCAUUUCCACCAGCGGUUUUUUCGUUGCUGCGAAGAAUGGAAAUGAAGCUUUCGCUGAUAAGAAAACGGAUAAUUGUUUAUUUUGCAAAAAAGAACACGAUGUUCUCAACUGUCGCUUAAGUGUUGAAAAAAAGAGAAACGUAUUGAAGAAUCAAGGUAGAUGCUUUUUGUGCCUUGGAUUAAGACACCGUUUGAAAGAUUGUUUAUCGGGAAGGAAUUGUAAAUACUGUUCCGGUAAACAUAAUGAAAAUAUUUGCUAUAAAUUUAACAAUUUGGCUAACGAUAAAUCUAAUGAAGAAUCUCUUGUGGGCAAUGGGACGGAAAAUGUAAUUUCUGCUGUAGGAAACUCUCCCGACUCAAAAAUAGAAAUCGAAGUGUUGGUUACAGACGAAAUAUCAGGAUCAAAUAUUCCCCCUCCCGAAGUUGAAGACUUUAAGGGUAUGAAACAGUUGAAAAAUUUGACACUCGCGGAUUUUUCAGAAAGUAAAGAACCCAUUACAAUUUUAAUUGGUGCUGAUUAUUAUUAUAACGUUGUAACGGGAAAUAUUAAGCAUUUGAGCAAAACACUAGUUGCAGUUGAAACAAUUUUCGGUUGGUGUUUACAAGGGAAAAAGAGUGAAAAUAACUUUUCCUUAAUGAUGAAAGUAGUCGUAGAAAAUAGCGCGAUUUCAGAACAAAUUCAGAAAUUUUGGAACUUAGAAACUUCAGGUCUUAUUGAUUCGAAACAAGAUGCUGACCCAACAGAAAAUGAAAUCAUGAGACAAUUCGAGUCUCAGAUCAAAUAUGAAAACAAAAGAUAUACAGUGGGGUUACCCUGGAAGUUAGAAAAGCGGGAUUUAAAAGAUAAUAGGAAGAUAGCUGAAGAGAGGUUUUCUAGACUUAGAAAAAGAUUUUAUAGAAACCCCGAGUUGUAUUUUGAAUACAAAAAGGUGAUAGAUGACUAUUUACGACAAAAAAUUAUUGAACCAGUAAUCAACCCAGAUGAGGAAGACGAAGUUAAAUUUUACCUGCCCCACAGAGAAAUAAAUAGGAAAGAUCGUGAAACGAGUAAAUUGCGUAUAGUUUUCGAUGCCUCCUCUCAUGAUUCUAAUUGUCUAUCUUUAAAUGACUGUCUUCAUACAGGUCGAAAUUUAUAUUCUGAAAUAUUUGACAUUUUAUUAAGAUUUCGCUUUCACCCCAUUGCUUAUACAACGACAUGA